AUGAGGUUACUAUCAUCUCCCGAACACUUAGUCGAUGAUCGUGAUCCCAUAUUGAAGAAAUACGCUAGGACUUCACUGUCAAUUCUUGAACACUUGGCCGGUGAUCGUGUGCACAUUCCGAUAGAAUUCGCUGGGAUACCUCUAAAAUCUGGAAUUUAUAGGCACUUGGCUAGUAAAUCAGGUGCACACUCUGAUGGAAUUCGCUGGGUGCACAAUCAGAUGGAAUUCGCUGGGACUCCACCAGAAUAUGGGAUUUAUAAACACUUGGCUAGUAAAUUAGGUGCACACUCCGAUGAAAUUCGUUGGGACUCCACCAGAAUCUGGGAUUUAUAG